AUGGAACAACAAAACGGAAAUCCUCGUUCAGAUUCUGUUCCUCCUCCACCUCAAGAAAUUUCAUCUAGUAGCAACAAUCAUCCUUACAGCUCUCGAAAAGAUCGUUCUUUGUCGCCCCGUGCCGGUUACAGACGUUCUUAUUCUCCUAGAAGAAGAAGCCCUUCUCCUACUAGAGGUUAUCGUAAUGGAAGAGAAGACAGAUAUAGGGAAGAUCGUUAUACCAGAGAAGACAGAUACGAUCGUGGAUACGGUGGUAGAGGUGGUGGUUAUAGAGAAGAAAGAGGUUAUCGUGAUUAUCCUUCGUAUGCUUCCGAAAGAAGAGGACCUCCAAGAAGGAACAAACCAAUUGAUCGUGGUUCAGACAAAGAAAGACGUGACUCGACCACACUUUAUGUGGGUAAUCUUCCAUAUGCUUUUCGUGAACAAGACGUAGCUGAGAUGUUUGAGCGGUAUGGUCGUUUACGAAAAGUAACGGUUCAGAUUGACCAUUACACUGGAAGAAAUAAAGGGUUUGCCUUUGUUGAAUUCGAAGACAGAAGAGAUGCUGAAGAUGCAUUUGACAAAUACAAUGGUACCAAUGUUGAAGGUCGUCGAUUAAAACUGGAUUGGGAUAUUGGUCUUGGUAAAAAAGAUCAACAUCGUAGAGAAAAAUAUGGUACUAUUAAUGAUUAUGGGUAUGCUUUAAAGAAUUGA